UCUAGUAGCUACAACUUUCUCAUUUUCUCCACCUUCACAAGUUCACAACACCCCCAUUUUCCCGGCCGAAAAAAAUGGCAUUCGCAACCAACCCCUUAUCUCUAAGCGUCCCAGAACAAGCCUUCGAGUCAUGGCUCCGCGACUCCGGCUACCUCGAAAUCCUCGACCACCGCACCACCCAACUCCACAGCCUCAACUCCUCCGCACCAUCCGCCGCACCAACCACCGCACCAUCCGCCGCACCAACCACCGCACCAACCCCAUCAACCGCCCCCAGAAGAACCCCAACAACCACAAUCACUGCCAUAGCUUACGGCCUUAUCAUGUCCCUCAUUUUAUCCUUUGCCACCAUUUUCUCUCUCCUAACUCUUAACCCUUUUGCUAAACUUACUUCGUCUGAUUUUUCUCAGCAGAAUUCUCCCUCUUGGACUUCUUCUGGGUUUCUGGGUUCUGUUGAUUCUUACUCUUUUCCUUCUUCUUCUACUCAAGCUAGGAUGCGUGUACAUGAGAAUGUUAAGCGUUUUGCUAAGAAUUAUGCUACGCUUCUUAUUCUCUUCUUCGCGUGCUCUUUGUAUCAAAUGCCACUUGCUUUGGUCGGCUUGGUAUUGUGUUUAGCGACGUGGGAAGUAUUUAGGUUCUGUGACAACAGAUGGGCACUCAAUAGGUUUUCUGCUAUUCGGCAAGUUCUAAUUCGCGUUGCUCAAUGUGCAGUUGCAGUCAUUUUAUUCUGGUCCAAUGUUCAGAUGGCAGUCUUCUUCACGCUAGGAGUUGGUUACAUAGUUAUGAUGUUACAUGCUUCUUUUCGCAAGCUUACUCCUGCCAAGCAACUUUGGAAAGGAAGAAGGAGAUGAGGAUCUCACCAAUCGACAAUCUUGGAUUUUUUCGUCAUCCCAUCUUUGUAUAUAUAAUUGCUUCAAAAAUUGAAGCUCCUAAUUUUGACAGUAUUGUGAAAAUAGCCCACUCACCUGUAGAACUCUGCUAGUUGCUGAAUUCAGUUUAAGUUAAGCUUUCGAUAACAAGCUGUGAAACAACCUUGGAUGAAGUACAAGGCUAAUCAGUAAUCUCACUGCUGAAAUUGUUAUUUCUAUUCCUAUGGGGUGUUAGGGUUUAAUGAUAAUGAAUUAAUAAUAGGAAGUUAAGUGAUGAACUACCUAUUUUUGUACAGUUUUUCCGAAACAAACAACAUUUAUGAGUAUGGUGUACUUUUUUGGAAAAAAAAAAA